UCCAUUUAGUUUCAGUUGGGAAAGAAAAAACAAUGGAUAAAUAUUGUAAAAUAAAAAGAUAAUGUUUAUGAAAAAAAUAUUAUUCAGUAUAAGACUAAAUAAAUUAAAAACAUAAAUAAGUACAAUAAAAAAUGUGAGAAAUGGGAAGGUCAUUUAAUAAGGAUUUUUGUGAGAACCUCUAUGAUCAUGGAUAAAAAAAAGAGAGGAAAUUUCUAACAAAAUUAUUUUGAUGUCUAUCACACUUUUAUAUGGAGGAUAACUUGAAAAUUAUUGAUGGAAUUUGAUAGUGACCAGUGAAAGGAAGUGCAGUGUCACAGAACCAUUACUCUACCUAGCUUUUUAAUUGAAUUAUGCCUGUUCAGAGUAUAACUUCUAAAUUGUCAAUGAUAUUUCAUUGAAACUUCACACAUUUAUUAAGAGUGCAGUGUUAACAAAUCAUAAUUCUACAGAGAUUAUUUUUUAAUUGUCUAAAGUAUUGUAGGAAUUUGGUCAACACUUCAUAUAGUGAUAGAAGUGCAGCAUCACAGAACCAUAAUUUUCACUUGUUUAAAUUAAGAAUCAUACAUUUUACAAACAAUACUUAGAAAUGUUAAAAAAUGCUUGUCUUAACUAUCAUUGAAACUUUACCCAUUUAUAAAAAAUGUGAGAAGUGCAGUGUUUAAGAACCAUAACUCUACAUACUAAGUUUUUAAAUAAUCUUCCUUAUAAUAUUUAAUGAUAUUCCUGAGAAUAACUUUUAAGUCUUGAAACUUCAAACAAUGAGAAUGAUCAGUGAAAGGAAGUGAAGAGUUGAAGGACCAAAUUUCUACAUUGCUUAUUUUUUUAAUUAUCUCCCUUUAUGAUACUUUAAAAUGUUAACUAAUGCUUAUCUUGAGUAUAUUAUCUAGACUGUCAGUAAAAUCUCACUGAAACUUCACUGUUAUAGAAACAUGUGAGAGAAAGGACAGUAGGACAUUACUCUAUAUAACUUAUUAUUUUAAUUAUCUCCCUUUACAACUGGGAAAUAACUGAAAAAGUAUUGGAAUACUCUUAUUAUCUUAUAUAGAGAAAGUGCAAUAAGAAUUCACUGCCUUCAGCAAUAUUCUUGUAAAAGAUAUCAUAAUGGAACAAGAGUGAUUAAAAAAGUUCUGGUUAGAAGGCACAUCAAAGCAAAAAAAUUAUGUGCAUAUGGUACACUUUCUACAUUAAGUAUUAUGUUGAUGUCAAAUAACUUACUCAAAUUCAGUUUAUGAAACUGUCUUGCAGUAAAAACUUUAGAACUGGUACAUAAAACAAUAUUCUUUAAAGAACUAUGUUUCACAUGUCUGAAACACUUUAUAACACUUUAUACAUAUAACAAGAUGUGGUAGUAAAACACAAAUGCUUCAGUCUUGUACUUAAUAAUAAGUCAUAGUGAAAAAGCCUGACUAUUGAAAAUGACCUCAAAAUUAAUCAAGUUCUUCUUCAGAAGUUUGAUGUGUCCAAGUAGCAGGGAUUCAUUCUAUGAAAUGAUGAAAGUGUUCAAAGAUGUCAGCAGACAACAAAAAAGCAAGAUGCUCUUGGUUUAUCUAUAUAUGAAGGAGCAUAAAAGCAAAAUAAACACACUAGAUUCAGAAUGAGUAACAUUAAAGUUCUGAGUGCAAGUAAAGGAAUGCAGCUGAAUUGUAGCCAUUGCAGUGACUACCUUAACCUUGCUGUGGAGUUGAAACAUGGCCACCUUUUUUGUGGAGAAUGUUUCCUUAAGAAAGGAAACAAUAAAUCAUUUUGCAAGCGGUGUAUAGAAGAAGGAAUUGAAGAAUCAGAAGAUUGUAGCAAGCAGGUCAUCUGCAAAAGAAAUAGAGGAGCUGAGCUGGAUCUGUUCAAAAUGCCUGCUUUAUGUAUGAAGUGUAAGAAGAAAGGAACCUACGGGGAACUUGAGAGCCACAAAGAUUCCUGCCCAAGAACACCUUGCUGUAUGUGUGUGAUACAGUAAAGAACUGUGUACCAGUAAAAUAAUCAUCCAUUAUUUCCAUAUAUCAUAAUGUGAGAAUGUGACAUGAGU